AUGAUGGCGUCCGAGUACAAGAAGCGCGGCGGCGGGUACACGACCGACAAGUCGGAGCAGGACUCGUCGCAGAAGAACCUGGAAAAGUGGGGCGACGAAGAGUGGCAGACAAAGGACGGCGAGGGCAAGGCCAAGCAGGACGACGGCACCGAGAAGCGCUACCUGCCCAAGAAGGCGUGGGAGCAGAUGAGCGAGCAGGAAAAGCAGGAGACCGACGACAAGAAGCAGAGGGAGAGCAAGCAGGGCAAGCAGUUUGUCGGCAACACCGACAAGGCCAAGGAUGAGCGCAGGAAGGUCAGCGAGGGGCAGAAGGACCAGGACGGCCAGGAAGACGACGAGGAGCAGGGCAAAGGUGCCCCAAAGGACGGCGCGCAGAGCCAGGGAGGCAAGGGAGCCGGCGCACAGGCGCACAAGGGCAAGGCCGCCAACGGUGGCAAGCAGCAGAAGAAGCAGCAGAGCGACGGCGCCGACGGCGACGACGACGACGACGACGACGACGAGCAGCCUCACGAGGAUGUCGAGGAGAUGCAAGAGGGCGACAACGACGAGUACCAGCCCGAAGACGAUGGCGCCGACGAGGCGGGAGACGACCAGGACGACGAGCAGGGCGAUGACCAAGGUGGCAAGCAGGCCCAGAAGCAGGGCGGCAAGAAAGGCGGCCAGUCCAGCGCCAAAGAGUCGAGCGGCAACGGCGGCAACAAUAACGGUGCUGCCGCGUCGCCGCGCCGCUCGCAGCGAAAGCGUUCCGCCUCGGGCGGCGACGGCGGCUCCGGCGACACGGGCGAAAAGGAGGGUGACGAGCAAGACGAAGGCGACGACGAGAAGGGGAGCAACAAGAAGGCCAAGACGACCCACGGCUCCAAGCACGACAGCACCGACCCGCCCAACGACCGCAAGCCGGCGUCGGCCUCUCGCCUGCCGAAAAAGGGCCAGGAGGUGACGUGGAAGGCCAUGCCCGGCUGGGUCACGGGCAUCGUCCAAGAGAUUCUGACGUCGUCGAAAAAGGUCGAGGGCAAGGACGUCAAGGCGUCCAAGGACGACCCGCGCAUCAGCCUCAAGAGCAACGGCCCCAGCGGCAAGACGGCCAUCCACAAGCCCGCCGCCGUCUACUUCUGA